UGAUUCACUUUCCAGUCAGUUCGUUUUGUUCCCAUCAAAAUAAAGACUGCGUUUACUCCAAGUUAUCUUCAGACGUUCAGCGGUCCGCUCACUGCCAAAGUCUGGGUUGAAUGUUGGUUACUUUUGCUCGAAACAAACUUAAAAUAACCAUUUAUUCCUCUCCCCCAGAGAGCGAUUUUCAAGGGUUGGGCGCUGGGACAGAGGCGAGCAGGGGUCGUGGGCAGACCUCACCUCGUCGUCGCUAUCCCCACCCGCGUCAUCCCCGUCUGGGGUGAGGACUCAUUCGCUCCGGUGCAGCGCCCGGUCACCGCUGUUGGUGUGGGUGGCGCUUUCGGUGACUUCACCUCCAACCCGGUGUCCUUCCCAGGGCUGGAAAUAUUUUUCCCUCUAAUCAUGGGAAAAUGUCCUUGCUUUUGCACUCCCUGUUCGCCCCGGCCCGAGUAGCCACUGCCGAGGGACGGACGACCGCCAGUCCCGGGUCGGAACUGGACUUCGGAUCCACCCGGCCGACGAGGUCAAACGGAAGCGCUUUCCCUGGGGCGCCGGGAGCGGCGGGGCCCCGGCCGUGGGGGAACGCAGCGGGAUGCCCAGGCCGGUUUUCUGCAAGACAGCGCGCUGGGAAAUCCCCGGACGCACACGCACUUUUGAAAUUCACUGAAACCCUUUCGAGUGGAGGGAGGCACGUGAAGUCCAGGGCUCGCGCGAGGCCGGGAAGGGCCCGAGCCGGGUGCGGGAGCAGAAGCGGGAGCGGAGCAGGCGGAGGAGCGGAGAAAUCCGCGCCGAGAGAUCGGAGGUGGAGCCAGCGCCACCGCCCCUGAAGUCCCGCAAUCCAUUAGUUUUUCUUUGCAAAGCGUCGCCGAGCUGCGCGCACAGCGGGCCAAGCGGACGGCGCGCUCCAGCUGCGCGCGAGCGACCCCGCCCCGGCGCCCGGGCGGGCCCACCUGGGUCGGCUCCCACCUGGAGCGCGCUCCCGACGAUGGGAGGGGCGGAUGUCGGAAGUGACGUCUGCGGGCGGGGCUGCGCGCACCUGGGCACCCGGCGGCCGUGGGGCGAGGCGCGCGCGAUGGAGGGCGACGGCGGGGUCCCCUGGGCCCUGGGGCUGCUGCGCACCUUCGACGCGGGCGAGUUCGCGGGCUGGGAGAAGGUCGGCUCGGGCGGCUUCGGGCAGGUGUACAAGGUGCGCCACGUCCACUGGAAGACGUCGCUGGCCAUCAAGUGUUCACCGAGCCUGCACGUCGACGACAGGGAGCGCCUGGAGCUCCUGGAGGAAGCCAAGAAGAUGGAGAUGGCCAAAUUCCGCUACAUUCUGCCCGUAUAUGGCAUCUGCCAGGAGCCUGUGGGGCUGGUCAUGGAGUACAUGGAGACGGGCUCCCUGGAAAGGCUGCUGGCUGCCGAGCCGCUGCCCUGGGACCUGCGCUUCCGCAUCGUGCAUGAGACGGCUGUGGGCAUGAACUUCCUGCACUGCAUGUCCCCGCCGCUGCUGCACCUGGACCUGAAGCCCGCCAACAUCCUGCUGGACGCGCACUACCACGUCAAGAUCUCGGAUUUUGGGCUGGCCAAGUGUACGGGGCUGUCCCACUCCCACGAGCUCAGCAUGGAUGGCCUGUUUGGCACUAUCGCCUACCUCCCUCCUGAGCGUAUCCGGGAGAAGAGCCGGCUCUUUGACACCAAGCACGACGUGUACAGCUUUGCCAUCGUCCUCUGGGGCGUGCUGACGCAGAAGAAGCCCUUUGCAGAUGAGAAGAACAUCCUACACAUCAUGGUGAAGGUGGUGAAGGGGCACCGUCCCGAGCUGCCGCCUGUCUGCAAGCCCCGGCCUCGAGCCUGUGCCAGCCUCCUGCGCCUCAUGCAGCGGUGCUGGCACGAGGACCCCAGGGAGCGGCCCAGCUUCCAAGAAAUCACCUCCGAGACCGAGGACCUGUGUGAGAAGCCAGAGGAGGAGGUCAAGGAGACACCCCAAGACCCGGGCAGGGAGAGCUCCCCGGAGCCCAAGAGUGAGGCCAUGCCCGGGGCCACGCGUCUCAAGCGCGCCUCUGCCCCACCCUUCGAUAACGACUGCAGCCUCUCGGAACUCCUGUCCCAGCUGGACUCGGGGAUCUCACAGACCCUGCAGGGCCCGGAAGAGCUCAGCCGCAGCUCCUCAGAGUGCAAGCUCCAGUCGUCCAGCAGCGACAAGCGGCUCUCGGGUGUGUCGUCGGUGGACUCUGCCUUCUCUUCCCGAGGGUCACUGUCGCUGUCCUUUGAGCGAGAGCCGUCCACAAGCGAUGUGGGCACCACAGACAUCCAGAAAAGGAAGCUGGUGGAUGCCAUCAUGUCAGGGGACACAAGCAGGCUGAUGAAGAUCCUGCAGCCCCAGGAUGUGGACCUGGUUCUGGAUGGCGGCGCCAGCUUGCUGCACCUGGCUGUGGAGGCCGGGCAGGAGGAGUGCGUCAAGUGGCUGCUGCUGAACAACGCCAACCCGAACCUGACCAACCGGAAGGGCUCCACCCCGCUGCACGUGGCCGUGGAGCGCAGGGCUCGGGCCGUAGUGGAGCUACUGCUGGCUCGGAAGAGCAGUGUCAAUGCCAAGGACGAGGACCAGUGGACGGCCCUGCACUUCGCAGCACAGAACGGGGACGAGUCCAGCACUCGGCUGCUGCUGGAGAGGAAUGCGUCUGUGCACGAGGUGGACUUUGAGGGCCGCACGCCCAUGCACGUGGCCUGCCAGCAUGGCCAGGAGAACAUUGUGCGGAUCCUGCUGCGCCGUGGUGUGGACGUGAGCCUGCAGGGCAAGGACGCCUGGGUGCCACUACACUACGCUGCCUGGCAGGGCCACCUGGCUAUCGUCCGGCUGCUAGCAAGGCAGCCGGGUGUGAGCGUCAACGCACAGACAGUGGACGGCAGGACACCGCUGCACCUGGCUGCUCAGCGUGGGCACUACCGCGUGGCCCGAGUCCUCAUUGACCUGUGCUCCGACGUCAAUGUCUGUAGCCUGCUGGCACAGACACCCCUGCACAUCGCUGCGGAGACUGGGCACACCAGCACUGCCAGGCUGCUCCUGCACCGUGGUGCGGGCAGGGAGGCGGUGACCUCUGAGGGCUGCACCGCCCUGCACUUGGCCGCCCGCAACGGACACCUGGCCACUGUCAGGCUGCUGGUGGAGGAGAAGGUUGACGUGCUGGCCCGAGGGCCUCUGCACCAGACGGCCCUCCACCUGGCUGCUGCUCACGGGCACUCGGAGGUGGUGGAGGAGCUGGUCAGCACCGACCUCGUCGAUCUGCCUGACGCCCAGGGACUAAGCGCACUGCACCUGGCUGCCCAGGGCCGGCACGCUCGCACCGUGGAGACGCUGCUCCGGCAUGGUGCUCACAUCAACCUGCAGAGCCUCAAGUUCCAGAGUGGCCAGAGCCCCGUGGCAGCCGAGCUCCUACAAGGCAGCAAGACCUAGCUUGCUGCCACGGCCAGGCCUGUGUGGGCUUUCUCGAGCACCUGGUGCUCAGCGUGGGGUUGCAGAGGGCUGAGCCAGGCCGCUCCGCUGUUCUCUAUGGAGGCCGGGGUGCUAGGUUGCUGCCGGCAGACGCGGUUCACAUCUGCCCCCCCAGCAGCUGGCGUCUGCAGGGCCGAUGUGUCAGAAUCAUUUCUUCAGGCUCCCAAAGGGCUGCUUGCUGAUGGGGGUCCCUUGGUGACACAGACGGGGCGAGGAUGUCCCCAAAGCAAGCUGCUGUGCUUGUGCGGGGUGGCAGGGAUGGUCCCUGUGCUCUGGGCCUGGGCAGCUGUGGAAAGCAUCCCAGGGUCUCCAGGAGGGGCACGGUCCUGAAGGCACGGCACUCCCUGCAGUCACCCCUUCCGGGUGCCAGGCACUGCCCUGGUCAUUUUUGUUCCUCACUGCCCAAAUAUUCUUUGAACUCCAAAGUCAGCUGUGUCUAAGUCAUUUUAAAUAUUUUACAUUUACUUUUGGAGUAAAAACAGUGUUACCUGGGUGGACAGGUCACUCACCCCACUUCCGGUGAGGUGCUUUUCUGUGCCUGGGGCAUGGCUGGGCAUCUCUGAUGUGUUAGGGUGCCACCCGGGGUGGGGACAGUGGCGUUCUGGUGUGUCCAAGGGUGCCCUGUGAAUGCAGCGGGACAGGGCAGUGCGGAUCACGGUGCCAGGGUGAUGAAUGUGCUGCGUCUGUGAUGAGGACAGGUGGACGCUGCCUUCUUGUGGCAGGACAGUCCCACGCUGCUGAGCUGGCUGCCUUCACUGCCUAAUGUGCUUUGAAUGUUGUAACCUCCGGUUGUUUUGGACUCGAUGCCAUCGGGUUCUGUUGGAUGUCAAUAAAGCAAUCUGCUCGUCAACUUUCUGGAA